GUUUUCAAGACUCACGAAGAAGGAAGUGAUGGCGUCUGGUUGUGUUUGUCAUGAACGAAGUUAAUAAACAGACAUUGAAGCGAUCUGAUUGUGACUAAGCAGAGGAACCCACUAAUCGUUCACAAUGAAGCUGAAUAUUGACGGCCUCUUGGUCCACUUCCCAUACAACUACAUUUAUCCCGAGCAGUAUUCUUACAUGCUGGAACUGAAGCGGACGCUGGACGCCAAGGGUCAUGGAGUUCUGGAGAUGCCUUCAGGGACUGGGAAGACCAUCUCCCUGCUGUCUCUCAUUGUGGCCUACCAGCGAGCUUUUCCACUGGAAGUCACCAAACUCAUCUACUGUUCCAGAACGGUGCCUGAAAUCGAGAAGGUGGUGGAGGAGCUGCGGAAGCUGAUGGACUUUUAUUCCAAAGAAACCGGAGACGCCAACAACUUCCUGGCCUUAGCGCUGUCGUCCAGGAAGAACCUGUGCAUUCACCCCGAGGUGAGCGCGCUCCGCUUUGGCAAGGAGGUUGAUGGCAAAUGCCACAGUCUAACUGCGUCGUACAUCCGUGUUCAGCGCCACCACGACCCAAACCUGCCAUCGUGUCGCUUCUUUGAGGAGUUCGAUGCAGUCGGUCGGCAGGUUCCACUUCCUCCUGGUAUCUACAACCUCGACGACCUGAAGGACUUUGGCCGGAGGAAAGGCUGGUGUCCCUACUACCUGGCCCGUUACGCUAUCCUUCACGCCAACAUCGUGGUGUACAGCUACCACUACCUGCUGGACCCGAAGAUCGCUGACCUGGUGUCCAAGGAACUGGCCAAGAAAUCAGUGGUGGUGUUCGAUGAGGCGCACAACAUCGACAACGUGUGCAUCGACUCCAUGAGCGUGAACAUCACCCGGCGGACCCUGGACCGAUGUCAGAACAACGUGGACACACUGCAGAACACCAUUCACAAGAUCAAGGAAACGGACGCGGCUAAACUGAGGGAGGAGUAUCGGCGGCUGGUGGAGGGGCUGAAGGAGGCGAACGUCGCCAGAGAGACGGAUGUCUACCUCGCCAACCCAGUGCUUCCGGAUGAAAUCCUCCAAGAGGCCGUUCCCGGAACUAUCCGAACAGCUGAGCACUUUGUUGGUUUCCUGCGGAGGUUCCUGGAGUACCUGAAGUCUCGCCUGAGGGUGCAGCACGUGGUGCAGGAGAGCUCGCCGCAGUUCCUCAAAGAUAUAUUCGACAAGGUCUGCAUCGACAGGAAGCCGCUCAGGUUUUGUGCUGAGAGGCUUCAGUCGCUGUUACGAACUCUGGAGAUCGCAGACAUCGCCGACUUCUCCGCCAUCACGCUCAUCGCUAACUUCGCCACACUGGUCAGCACCUACAGCCAAGGUUUCACCAUCAUCAUCGAGCCGUUCGAAGACCGGACUCCCACCAUCGCCAACCCCAUCCUGCACUUCAGCUGCAUGGACCCCUCCAUCGCCAUCAAGCCCGUCUUUCAGCGGUUCCAGUCGGUCAUCAUCACCUCAGGGACUCUGUCUCCCCUGGACAUCUACCCCAGAAUCCUGGACUUCCGACCCGUCACUAUGGCGUCUUUCACCAUGACGCUGGCCCGAUCCUGUCUCUGUCCUCUGAUCGUGGGACGGGGGAAUGACCAGGUGGCUUUGAGCUCCAAAUUCGAGACCAGAGAAGAUUUUGCUGUGAUCCGUAACUAUGGAAAUCUGCUGCUGGAGAUGUCGGCGGUGGUUCCUGACGGCAUCGUGGCGUUCUUCACCAGCUACGUCUACAUGGAGAACAUCGUGGCCGCCUGGUACGAGCAGGGAAUCCUAGAAAACAUCGAGCGGAACAAGUUGAUCUUCAUCGAGUCUCCGGAUGCCACAGACACCAGUAUAGCUCUGGAGAAGUACCAGGAGGCGUGUGAGAAUGGCCGCGGCGCCAUCCUGCUGUCCGUGGCUCGAGGGAAGGUGUCAGAGGGGAUCGACUUUGCUCAUCAUUUCGGCCGCGCCGUCAUCAUGUUUGGAGUUCCAUACGUGUACACACAGAGUCGCAUCCUGAAGGCUCGGCUGGAGUACCUGCGCGAUCAGUUCCAGAUCCGGGAGAACGACUUCCUCACUUUCGACGCCAUGAGACACGCGGCUCAGUGCGUGGGCCGGGCCAUCCGGGGGAAGACGGACUAUGGACUCAUGGUGUUCGCUGACAAGCGCUACGCUCGAGCAGACAAGCGCGGGAAACUCCCCCGCUGGAUCCAGGAGCACAUCAACGACGGCAGUCUGAACCUGACGGUGGACGAGACGGUGCAGCUGUCCAAGCACUUCCUGCGCCAGAUGGCCCAGCCUUUCAGACAGGAGGACCAGCUGGGGUUGUCUCUGCUGACUCUGGAGCAGCUGGAGUCGGAAGAGAUGCUGAAGAAGAUCAGUCAGAUCGCCCAGCAGAACUGAAGGUACCUCUGUCAGUCAGAACGUGGGGCUGUUCUUCACGAGCGGCUGAGGGGUCAGAACCGCAUUGUGGGUCAGACUCUUGGGUCUGUCAGUUGCAUUCCACACCCGGAACGUAAGACUGCUGCACAUAAAUCAUGUGGACAAACACACCGGUGGUUGCGAAGACUUGUUUAUAAAGAGUUUU